ACUAGAAUACGACUAGCUAUUUAUUCGACGACAGCCAUAUUUCAGACGAGUAAAGAGGGAGAGGUCCCAGAAGUUUGCCGGGCCAACAUACUUACCAAUUAGGAUAACUUAAGAGCUUGAUUAAAUAUGCAGGCGAUCAAAUGUGUUGUUGUAGGAGACGGAGCGGUGGGUAAAACAUGUCUUCUCAUCAGUUACACCACAAAUGCCUUCCCUGGAGAAUAUAUUCCAACUGUAUUCGACAACUAUUCAGCCAAUGUAAUGGUUGAUGGGAAGCCCAUAAAUCUUGGAUUGUGGGAUACGGCUGGACAGGAAGACUACGACAGGUUACGUCCCCUGAGUUAUCCACAGACUGAUGUUUUUCUGAUGUGUUUCUCACUGAUCAGUCCAGCUAGUUUUGAAAACAUAAGAGCCAAGUGGUACCCAGAAGUCAACCACCAUUGUCCCAAUGCCCCAACCAUCCUUGUGGGAACAAAGCUGGAUUUGAGGGACGAUAAAGAUACGAUAGAGAAACUAAAGGAGAAGAAAUUGUCCCCCAUCACCUACCCCCAGGGGCUAGCACUGGCUAAGGAGCUGGGGAGUGUCAAGUACCUAGAAUGCUCUGCCCUUACCCAGAAAGGUUUGAAAAUGGUGUUUGAUGAAGCAAUACGAGCCGUGCUGUGUCCCAAGCCGACAAAGAAAACGAAGAAAGGCUGUGAUGUGUUUCUCAUUUGUUUUUCCUUGAUAAGCCCUGCCAGUUUCGAAAAUGUCAGAGCAAAGUGGUACCCCGAGGUCAGUCAUCAUUGUCCCAACACUCCAAUCAUCCUGGUGGGUACCAAGCUAGAUCUACGAGAGGACAGAGAAACGGUGGAGAAACUGAAAGAGAAAAGGUUGGCUCCCAUCACUUACCCUCAAGGCCUCGCUAUGGCCAAGGAAAUCAACGCUGUCAAAUAUCUUGAGUGCUCUGCACUGACGCAGAAGGGUCUUAAAAACGUUUUUGACGAGGCAAUCCGAGCAGUUCUAUGCCCAAAAGCCAAGCCAAAGAAGAAGAAGUGUAAGGUCUUAUAACGCAGCAGGACAGGAACUUGUGACAGACUUUUUAUCCUAGAGGACUUCAGUAAAAGGCUGCUACAUAAUUGACACUUUUUUUUUCUUCCUCCAUUUUGAUAGGCUGUAAGAUGUCGGUGAUCAAUAAUGAGAAUUUGAAUGCAUAAUGUAGCAUGCACACAUCGGUCGGGGAAUGUCUUUUCUUUUCUUUUUUAUUGAUUUUCAUGUACACGUACAUGUACUUUGAAUUUUGGUACAGUAUAUUUUUCUACUGUGUAGUCAUCCUCUUUUUUCUAAUCCAAUUACUUGUUUGUUCGUCAUCUAAUGAUUCGUGUUAGCAAAGAUGUGGCAUUAGAUAUACACCACAACCUGUACAAAUGAAACAUUAUCAAUCGCUGUAGAAUCAAAAACAGUUUUUCAUAAGGUAAAAACAAAAUUUUAUGCAGUUGACUUCCAUGUUAAUGAUUGAUUUAGAUGCAUCAAAUGUACUUAAAAUGAAAAGGAAAGCUCUAUUUUUGGUAAUUUACAGUAACAGCAAUUAACAUUCAUCACAUCCUGGUGGCACAAGUAAAUUUGGUUUCGCACAUCAAAACAAACAAGAAAACCAGGUUUGGACAACAACAACUGUCUAAUACAUGUUCAUAACAGUAUUAAAGAAAUUGUGAGACCUUUGAUAUAAAGCAGUGUUUCCUAAAACAUUUUAUUUGUAGAGAAAAUUUAAAGAGAUAGUGUGUGCCUAUACAUUUCACCAAUCAAAAAAAUUUUUAAUCAAUAGUUGAAUUGAAAAAAUUUCCAGAAAUUGGAAAAUACACUUUAGGUACUUCUUUUUUAAGUUGUUUUGGUUUAAAGGAUAUGAUAUUGGUACUAGCCAUACAAUGGAAUUUUGCCUUACUGAUCCUCAUAUUAUGCAGCUAUGCACGUUCUAUGUAGAAGGGUUGAUACAUGCAUUCAUGUGUGUAUAUAUGUAUUUUUCUGAUUUGUACUAGAUUUUUUUUUUAUUAUUAUUAAAUCAAGUUGUUAUAGAGUUUAAAAUCUUAAUAUAAAUUUUAUUCAUAUAAUUUUUCUCGUUUUUUUUUUUAAAUAUGUAUAUGUAUGAGUUCGUAUUUGUUGACGAAGAGUGCUUUAUUUUGUAUCGAUUUCCGCAGUACUGCAGUUUGUAUGCAAUGUGUCAGAACAAAAAGUUAUCGGUGAACAACAUUUUUGUUUAGCUUUAAAAGUAACCCUAGAUGAAACAAACUCACUUCAGCCUCUGUUGGUCUGUUGAUCUGAUCUGGUUCAACUACCUCUUGUAUCCUGCUUUUCGAACAGGAAGCAUUCAAUGAAUUCACUUUAGUUGAACCAAUCGGAGGAAACUUGCCUACCUGUUCACAUAUGCCUUUGGCCAUGUUGUGUAGGUAGAGGUAGUUUUGAGACAGUGAGCUUUGUUUUUAUUUUUCAGUCUAGUUCAAGUCCCCGUUUGUAUUCAGCAUGGUUGUCAGAGUUUGUUACUUGUAUAUGUAUCUGGGCAUUUGUUGACAAUUUUUUCCUCUUUGAAUUGAAAGGAAGUUUGAUACAAUCAACCUGGAAGGGGGGGGGGGGUAUGUCAGCUAGGAAUUUUUUUUAGAAAGAAUUGCAGUGGAUCUUUUUUUUAGAAAGUAAAUAUAAUUGAUUAAAGUGAUGACUGUUCAUUAAACAGCUGUUAAACACUUGCAGGGAUUCACAAGUUAGUUGGUUUGAUACCUACUUCCCUCUUGUUGUCCAUUAAUUAAUUAAAAACAACUUGAUAAUUUUGUUGCCUGGUUUAGAACACAUAGAAAAAUUAUCCCUUUUACGUUUCCCCAGAAUCUAAUGUAAAUUUGAUGGAUCUAUAUUUUCCAAAAAUAUGUAUCAAGCUUCCUUAAAUAUUUUUUUUAUAUAGAUAUAUACAUGUGUAAAAAAGGCUUCCAGUCUCAUCAGAGAAGAUAGUGAACAUGAUUUUAAAAUCUGUUGAGCACAACUUUCAUUUAAUGAAACACGAGUUUAAGUAGAAUAUACUUAACAGAACUUUCUCACAAAAGUAGAGGACACUUGCUAGUAUUUCAAAUUCAUUACAAGAUUCCUUGACCUGACCAGUUUUACAAAUGCAUAUUUAUGUCUAAUUGUAAUAUUAGGCAUGUGAUUUUUUUAAUGAACUUUAUCAUAGAAGUGUUCAGAAAAAUCACAUGUAUACACAUUCUUCCUUGCUGUAACUUGUAAAACAUGUACUAAAUGUUAUAUUACAUCAGAUUAAUUAAUGAAUAAAUAGUAAAAAAGGAAAA